GUGUGUGUGUGUGUGUGUGUGUGUGUGUGUGUGUGUGUGUGUGUGUGUGUGUGUGUGUGAGAGAGAGAGAGAGGAAGAGUGUAUGUGUGUGUGAAAUAGUGGGAGAGAGAGAGAGGAAGAGUGUAUGUGUGUGUGAAAUAGUGGGAGAGAAAUAAGGAGAGUGUAUACUGUGUGUGUGAGAGAGCGAGAGGGAGAGAGCGUGUGUGUGUGCACUUUUCCCUGUUUCUCUUUUUAUGUGGGAGUGUGUUUGUGUGUGUCUGUUUCUAUGUAGGAAUGUGUGUUUGUGUGUGUCUGUUUCUCUAUGUCUUUCUCUGUGUGUGUGUGUGUGUGUGUGUGUGUGUGUGUGUGUGUGUGUGUGUGUGUGUGUGUGUGUGUGUGUGUGUGUGUGUGUGUGUGUGUGUGUGUGUGUGUGUGUGUGUGUGUGUGUGUGUGAGAGAGAGUGUGUGUAUACUGUGCGUGUGUGAGAGAGCGCGUGUGUGUGCAUGUUUCUCUUUUUAUGUGUGUGUGUGUGUGUCUGUUUGUAUGUGAGAAUGUGUGUUUGUGUGUGUGUCUGUUUCUCUGUGUCUAUUUCCGUCCUGCUAUGUGUGUAUGUGUGUGUUAGCUUCACUCAUUAGUCCCUGUUUGUGUAUUAGCUACGGAUGUCCUCUUCGGCAGGAGCAAAGCAAGAACUCGUGGUCCAGCAGCAGAUAGGAUCAAUGCACAGGACAGAUCGAUGUGUAUUCAAAGCUGCUGUGGGGCCAUGGGAUGUUGUUGUGAACCACAAGUGGGUUAGCGGCUAAUCUGCUCUGCUGUUGAGCAGUGUGUGUGUGUGUGUGCAGAGGCGUCAUGCCCAUAUGGGUCACAAGGGUACACCCCCUCAGAUUUGUCAAGUUUUUAUUUUAUUUUUAAGACGUUCAUUUAAUUACUACACUUAAUUUUUAUGCCCACGUUUUAUCAUGAUUAUUCAUAAUCAUAUCUGUCAGCUGUAUUUUGAGGAGGGGGCACAGUGACUGGAACCCCCCCCCCCCCCUCUUAUUCUCCUUAGUAAGGGGUUCCUUUCAAGAUGCACCACGGAGAAAAUACACACAUUGUUUGAUUUGACUUUAGCUGCCGGUGAUAGGCAGGACUCGCAGGAGGUAUGUUUGUAAAUUCAUUUGCUCAAGAUAUGUAGCCUAUUGAUUCCUUCUUGAUUAAUAUAAUGAACAUGUUGUUGUUUCUCUGUAACACUAGCAACAGCCAUUUUAUGAAGUUGGCUUUAGCUAACCAGCUAGAUAGGUUCCCAGUCUCCCAACCUCAUAACUAGCUACCAAGCCAAUUCAGGGUAUCAAUGGAGUUCGAGUCGUUUGUCUAACUAUCUUAGCUUGCAUGCUUGCUGGCAAGGUUGAUAGAUUUUAGAAAAGCAAGCAAUUACUAAAUGUACUGAAUAAGACAUAUUUUUCCCCCAAGAUUUUACUAGAGACACAGAGAAGGAUAUUUAGUUUCUUUAAAAAAAAGAACCACCAGUCGAGGAUACAUACAGUUCAAGAGGUAUGCUUAGAUAUACAGAACAUACGUGGUUUAAAUGUAAUCUGGCAUUUUAUGAUAAUAUCAUGAUAUUUGUGUAUUAAUUAUGAUGCCAUGAUAUGUGCCUGUAUUGAUGAUGUGUGUUAAUUAUUUUUUUAUUUCACCUUUAUUUAACCAGGUAGGCCAGUUGAGAACAAGUUCUCAUUUACAACUGUGACCUGGCCAAGAUAAAAAAAAAAAGCAGUGCGACACAAACAUCAACACAGAGUUACACAUGGAAUAAACAAACGUACAGUCAAUAACACAAUAGAAAAGUCUACAUACAGGGUGUGCAAAUGAGGUAAGAUUAGGGAGGUAAGGCAAUAAAUAGGCCAUAGUGGCGAAAUAAUUACAAUUUAGCAAUUAAAGACUGGAGUGAUAGAUGUGCAGAAUAUGAAUGUGCAAGUAGAGAUACUUGGGUGCAAAGGAGCAAAACAAUAAAUAACAAUAUGGGGAUGAGGUAGUUGGGUGGGCUAUUUACAGAUGGACUAUGCACAGGUGCAAUGAUCUGUAAGCCGCUCUGACAGCUGAUGCUAGUGUUAGUGAGGGUGAUAUGCGUCUCCAGCUUCAGUGAUUUUUGCAGUCGUUCCAGUCAUUGGCAGCAGAGAACUGGAAGGAAAGGCGGCCAAUGAGGAAUUGGCUUUGGGGGUGAUCAGUGGAGUACCUGCUGGAGCGCGUGCUACGGGUGGGUGCUGCUAUGGUGACCAGUGAGCUGAGAUAAGGCGGGGCUUUACCUAGCAAAGACUUAUAGAUGACCUGGAGCCAGUGGGUUUGGCGACGAAUAUGAAGCGAGGGCCAGCCAACGAGAGCAUACAGGUUGCAGUGGUGGGUAGUAUAUGGGGCUUUGGUGACAAAUCGGAUGGCACUGUGAUAGACUGCAUCCAAUUUGCUGAGUAGAGUGUUGGAAGCUAUUUUGUAAAUGACAUCGCCAAAGUCAAGGAUCGGUAGGAUUGUCAGUUUUACGAGGGUAUGUUUGUCUGUAUGAGUGAAAGAUGCUUUGUUGCGAAAUAGGAAGUUGAUUCUAGAUUUAAUUUUGGAUUGGAGAUGCUUAAUGUGAGUCUGGAAGGAGAGUUUACAGUCUAACCAGACACCUAGGUAUUUGUAGUUGUCCACAUAUUCGAAGUCAGAACCGUCCAGAGUAGUGAUGCUAGACGGCGAGCAGGUGCGGGCAGCGAUCGUUUGAAGAGCAUGCAUUUAGUUUUACUUGCAUUUAAGAGCAGUUGGAGGCCACGGAAGGAGAGUUAUGGCAUUGAAGCUCGUCUGGAGGUUAGUUAACACAGUGUCCCAAAGAAGGGCCAGAAGUAUACAGAAUGGUGUCGUCUGCGUAGAGGUGGAUCAGAGAAUCACCAGCAGCAAGAGCGACAUCAUUGAUGUAUACAGAGAAAAGAGUCGGCCCGAGAAUUGAACCCUGUGCCACCCCCAUAGAGACUGCCAGAGGUCCGGACAACAGGCCCUCCGAUUUGACACACUGAACUAUAUCUGAGAAGUAGUUGGUGAAGCAGGCGAGGCAGUCAUUUGAGACACCAAGGCUGUUAAGUCUGCCGAUAAGAAUGCAGUGAUUGACAGAGUCAAAAGACUUGGCCAGGUCGAUGACUACGGUUGCACAGUAAUGUCUUUUAUCGAUGGCGGUUGUGAUAUCAUUUAGGACUUUAAGCGUGCCUGAGGUGCACCCAUGACCAGCUGGGAAACCAGAUUGCAUAGCGGAGAAGGAACGGUGGGAUCUGAAAUGGUCGGUGAUCUGUUUGUUAACUUGGCUUUCGAAGACCUUAGAAAGGCAGGGUAGGAUGGAUAUAGGUCUAACAGUUUGGGUCUAGAGUGUCUCCCCCUUUGAAGAGGGGGAUGACCGUGGCAGCUUUCCAAUUUUUGGGGAUUAUCAUCCCAUGUACUGUGUUGUAAUGUGGAUGUAACAUCCUAGGCAUUUUAGUGCAGUCUGUUGUGUGAUUAACAACAGUCAGUAUGUGAGAUUAACAACAGUCAGUCUGACACCCUCAUUAAAAUUACAAUUGAACAUAAUGACUAUGGCUCAAGAUUGCAGGAAAAAAGCUGUUUUGGGUGUUUGAAAAAUGGUAAAUUCUCCAAUUUCCACCCCUCCCCCAAUCUCACAUACUUCAUGCCCCCUCUAAAAUAAUGGGUGCAUUACGCCUAUGUGUGUCUGUAUUUGUGUGAAGCGGAAUUAGGCACCAGAUCUUUUUUUUUUUACCCCUGCAUCCUGCUUUGGUUAGAUUGUUUUGAGAGAGAUAUAGCCAAGUUAUCGUGUAUUUAUUACUUAUUUUAUUAUUACGUGUUUUAUUUUCAAUUAUUCUAUUUUUCUCUCUCUGAGUUGUUGGGAAGGGCCCGUAAGUAAGCAUUUCGUCUGCACCUGUUGUUUUAUGAAGCAUGUGACAAAUAAGAUUUGAUUUGAGUGAGCGAGCGAGCGAGAGAGCUGACGCUUUGGUAGGGGAAGUCAGCACAGUGGCAGCCAGGGCUUUCCCUGAUUUAGAGCAGGGAUUAAAAAAACUGGACGAGAGGGGUAUGAAAAAAAGGGAAGGCAGAAAGAGAGAGAAGGAAGGGAAGCUUGGCUGCAUGCUAGCUGCCGCUCCAGCAAAAGGGGAGGCAGGCAGAAGUGUAAAGAGAACGCUCAGACGCUUGUCUCACUCAGUGGAGUUUUGAGUGAGUGAGUUCUCAGACAGACAGACAGACUUUGACCAGACGGAGGCUCUCUGCCUUCCGCUCUGUUCCGCUGUGGCAUUUCAGGAGUUGAGGAGGGGGCAAGAAGGAAUGUCAGCCGGUUAUUGUUCGGGAGGAGCAUGUCUGACUGACCGACUGUGUGGGGAAUGUUAGGUCAGGUGUUCCCCUGUAAGCUACAUGCUGUCUGACUCGAAGGAAAGACGAGAAGAGAAGACAGACUUCAGACUACACAACAGAACAGAGUUCUCUUGCACAGAUAAAAUCGAAGAAGCACAGAAUGAACUGAAAGAUACCAAAGCCGGCGCACAGAAAGGGAUUAAUGAGGGUGGUCGAAGAAGUGCAGAUAACAUAAAGGCACUGAAGAGGAAAAAGGUUGUGGCAGAAAACCAGCUGAAGAAAAUACCCAAAUCUCCUGUGAAGAAGUCCUUGCAGUCCAAGACCUCCGUGGCAACACUCCAAGCUGCCUCGUCCAAGGAAGCUGCACCCUCUUGCUCCUACCCCAGCAGCCCUUCUCAAAACCCUGCCAGCUCACCAAGCCAGAACCGAGACACGGAGUAUGUCCAGCCUAAUGCUGAAUCCUCUGAGGGAGUGACAUCCUCCAUUGACAAUGAUAGGCUAAACCAGAGGGAUACGUCCUUCUCAAAGCCACAGUCUCUCGAUCCCAUUAGUGGUAAAGAGGAAUCUGUCUCUGGUGUUGGGGAGUCUCAGCAGCUCAAGGACAGUAAGAGUGGCGAAACAAGCUGUGAAGGUGACUCUCCUUACCAUGCUGGCGCUCCCCUUGAAGUCUUGCUCAAGGCUAUGGAACCAGACUUCAGCUCCUUGGCAGAAAAAAAUAUAUCUUUUCCAGUCACAGCCGUUGAAAAACCUGGCCGAACUCUUUCUGCUCAGUCUAAUAGUGAAGUGAAUGCUAUGCCAGCUAUACAUUUUGGACUCCAAAUUCAGCCUGCGCAUAUGCAGAAUGACUUUGUAAAUAAACAAGAGACCUACACAAUGCAGUCCUCUACCCAGGCUGUUCCCUUGCAGACUUUGCAGCAUGCUACACAGCAUUUCAGCAACUGUGGGGAAAAGCCUGGCUUGCAGGUGAGCUUCAGCGCUGGCUCCUCCGAUUCACCUGUUCCCUCAGGCUCCAAUUCCUUGCCUCAGAGCCAGCCACCGGUGGUGCACACAUGCCAGUCCCUAUCGGCUAGUGUCCCUAGCACCAUUCAAGUCCCUGUUACACCUGGUUACAACCCAGUCCAGAAGGCCACGGUUGUGAACUUUGGGCUUGAACAGAUGUGUAGCAUCUCAGCAAAGGACCAAAAGCCUAAGAAGCAGGGGAAGUAUGUGUGUGAAUACUGCAGUCGGGCAUGUGCAAAGCCCAGUGUGUUACUCAAGCACAUCAGGUCUCACACAGGAGAGCGGCCCUACCCGUGUGUUACUUGUGGCUUCUCAUUCAAAACUAAGAGCAAUUUGUACAAGCAUAAGAAAUCCCAUGCUCACGCAAUAAAACUGGGGCUUGUGGCGCGUUCCGACUUUGGAAGUGGGUCCCUCUCCGUGGAGUCUGACAAAGCACUUGGAACACAUUCAGAUGUGGAGGAAAGUGGGGACAGCGAUGAGGAAAGUAGCACAGCAGACCUGGACCCUGACUCGUCACAAAGCAGUGUUGCAGCGUUCUCUGAGAGCAGUUUGCAGAGUGCAGGCACAACACAAGGCAAUCAUGGGGAUGCAGGGGACCCAUCGGCUGUUUUCCCUCUGAGUCAGAGGGGCUAUGAGUCCAAAGGGACAGCUAGCCUCCCAAAAGUGGUUGUCUAUCCUGUCAAUGUCUCCCCUCAGCGGGCAGACAGUCCAAGAGUCACAGACUCCAGCCCUGAGCAGGCUACUGCCCAGCGGCAAAAGGACUUCCAAACGGCACAUCUGAGAUCCAGCAUCAGCGUCCUGUCGUCCUUGAAAGAGGUGGAUUGCACAAGCCCCCUACAGGAUGCAGGAAGUGAGGAUGAGGAUCAGCAGUGCAGGACUCCACCAGGAGGCGGACAUGGUCAGCUUCAGAGGCAGCAAGCCACAGACUUUUCUCAGCAGCAGCAGGGCAAGUGUCUGCUUAGUCCCCGCAGUUUAGGCAGCACAGACUCUGGUUACUUCUCACGUUCUGAAAGUGCAGACCAGGCCAUGAGUCCCCCGAGUCCCUUUGUCAAAAUAACCCCACCAACAGACAUGGAUGUCACCAAAAAUGCACUUCCUAAUCUCCCAGCAGUGGUUGCCACUGCCAUGCAUGUGGCUUCUGUGGAGAAGCCACGUGUUGUGCAAGGACAAAUGCGUCCUCCGUUAGAAACAAAAGCACUCUCUCUCGAGGAACGAAUCUCAAAGUUAAUAUCGGACAAUGAGGCAGUGGUUGACGACAAACAGCUGGACAGUGUCAAACCAAGAAGGACUUCUCUUUCUAGGAGAGGUAGCAUAGACUCCCCCAAAUCGUAUAUAUUUAAAGACUCUUUUCAGUUUGACCUUAAACCAAUGGCGAGAAGGUCGAGUUCCAGCUCAGACAUACCCAAGUCCCCUUUCACCCCCACAGAAAAAUCUAAGCCAGUAUUUCUUCUAUCUGUACCCAAUCAGUAUACACCAAUGGACUGUUUACCAAUAACAAGAAGUAAUUCUAUGCCCACAACUCCAGGGCACUCGGGUCUCCCACCAAACAUUGUCCAGCAACCCCACCCACUACGGAUCUGUCAGUCUUUUGAUGACAAAAUUAGUUCCUUAAACGAUGAUGUGUUUUCAUCUGCCCCCUCUACCCCAAAUCCAGCAAUACAUUCUCGUACUCUUGUACGACAAGUAGCAGUGGAGGAUUUCUCCACAAGUGAGGGCCUUACCUCAGUCCGUUCCAUGGACGAAGGCUACCAUGGGUCUAGCAUCUCCACUGAGUUAAUGCAAAGAAGCAGGUCUUUUGAGCAUGCACAAGACCGAAACCGAAAGCCUCUGCAGAGCAAAGGCACAAUGUAUGAAUGUGAGACCUGUCGCAAUCGGUACCGAAAACUAGAAAACUUUGAAAAUCACAAGAAAUUCUAUUGUUCAGAGCUCCAUGGCCCGAAAAACAAGCCAGUAUCUGUCAGAGAGACUGAGCAGGAUGUUUUUCAACAUGUCAUGCAGCAGCCGUUAGUCCCCAGAACAGUUAUUUCAGGUAUAAUGGACCAACAGCAAUCAAUUAGAAAAAGAAGGAAAAUGAAGAGUGUUGGUGACGAUGAUGACCAAUCGCCAACUGACACCAAUCCCCCAUGCUCUGUCAGUUUUGAUUCUUGCCAACUAUCAACAGCCAGUUCAGGUCGGCCAUUUUCUCAGCACUCUAUCAUGGUUGAUCUACAGCCUAAAAGCAACCCACCGCAAAUAACUCAAAAUCAGCUAGUAGCAAGAGGUACAGAUGCAUCAGAAUCAAGACUGUCACCGAUCAGAGAAACCCAGGUUAACACCUCUGGUAAAGAGAGAGGCGACCUACAGAGGCAAGGCAGCGGUACAUCAGUUAUCAGACACACCAACUCUUUAAGCAAGCCCAAUUCCUUUGAGAACUCUGAAUCUAUUGACAGGGCCUCUCCUGUUGAUUUAUUGUACAAAGAUGGCCAUAGCACAGGAAAAACUAAGACCGAUGCUACUGCCAAUCUUUCAUUAGAGAGCUACCAUGAAAAGAUGUCCAUUCCUAAAUGUGCCGACCAGGGGAAACAAGGGAUGGAAAACCGUGUCGACAGCACAUUAGCAGCAGUGGCUGAGAGCUGUGCUGCUGUCCAGCAGUCUCGUCUGGUUCGCCAAAAUAACAUUCCUGAAAUCCUGGUCACAGAGGAACCCGAUCGGGAGCAUAACGGUCAGAGCACUGAGCAAGGGGAAAAGGUUGCAGAUACAUUCAACUGGCCCCAGAGGAGCGAGAGCCUGUCCAAACUACCGACAGAAAAGCUUCCACCCAAGAAAAAGAGAAUUCGUUUGGCUCAGAUGGAGCACUCCUCUGGAGAAUCGAGCUUUGAGUCCUCACUGUCUCGUAGCCUCAGCAGAGACAGUAGCCUCUCAAGAUGCUCCAGUAUCUCAGCCUCCUUUGACCGGGAUGAGCCAUCCAGGUCAGAGAGCCCCUCCAGAGGAGAAUUUGUCAACAAAAUAUCUGAGCCUCAAGGGCUACCAAUAGCCUUCAACACCCUGGGGGUCCCUGGCAUGAUAAGACGUGCUGUCUCAGAACAGAUCAGUUGCACUCAACCCUCAGUGGAGAUCUUGUGCGACUAUCGCAGCAAGUCCUUUGACUUUGGCAGUGUCUCCCCCAGCAGGUCUCUGCCACCCAACAGGUCAAUGUCACCAAUGGAACGGCCAACGAGUGCUCAAGCCUUCCCGUCUGUACAGGUACCUCUCAUUGAAAGGCGAAGGGGGCCCUUGGUACGCCAGAUGUCUUUAAAGAUUGGGCCAGAGAGUCAGCAACAUGUCGGGAGGCAUGCCAUACCUCUCCAGAGGCUCCCCACUGUAUUCUCUACAUCUCAGCAGAGGCCUCAACAGACUGCCAACAAGCCUCCCCUUGCCCAACCCUUUAUUGUGCAUUCUGGAGGAACUCUCCCUCAGAAGAAUGAAAGAAUGGUGCAAAGCAUUAACUUGGGCAGCCAAGGUCAACUGCCUCAAAUCCAUGGCCUUCCACACCCUUGGCACCUAACGUCGAGGGUUCAGACAUGCCAAAAUAUACAGCAAUCUGUGGUUCAUGUUGUGGUCGGCCAAGAAGAUGCCCAGAACAAAUCUGCUGACUCUCAAGACAAGAAAAGCUUUGUGCCCAAAUACCAACUGCAGUGUCCUGCUCUGAGACCAAGCCAAACAUACUCUCUCUCUACCACACAGGGUACUCAGACAACUUUACCAGUCCUAACAAUACCUAUUGCCAAUCAGAUGCAAAGUAUUUCGAAGUCUUCAGAUGUUCUCCACAAUGUCUGUGUGGCACAACCGUGUUUUCAGAUUGUAGACAAUAAGACACAAUCAAUAGUCUUGCCUGUAAGCCUUCAAAAUGACCCACCUUCUCAUAACCUACCAGGUGCUCUCCAAUUGCCACAGAUACUGAUAACUCAUGAGCAGAUGCACCCUUCCCUCUCUGUGGCGAGUAACCUGUAUGUUGUAGAUACUGACACAAAGACUGUACCAGAAAUGAACAAGGACAGGCCUCCAGCAUCUACUGGCCUUCAAGUAAAACACGGUUUAGUUUCCAAUACCCAGAACCAUAUUGGUGAAAUUCAAAGAGCUCCCUCCCUGGGGUCCUUACACUGCACCCAGAAAAUGGCAGCUGUGACCCUUUGCCUACAACAAGAGCCCAUUGCCUCAAGCAAGAGAAUGCUCUCCCCUGCCAACAGCUUGGAUAUCGCCAUGGAAAAACAUCAGAAGCGAGCAAAGGAUGAACAUGGUGCCGCAUGCCUCACUGAUGGCAGGUCAGUCAACUACCUGAACUCCAAGAUGGCGGAGGUAACUAGGCAACGGAAGCUGAUGCUAGUCCGGCAGGUGUGCACCACUGAACCAGUGGACAGUCCCAUUGAAACUGAGGCCCCUCCACUGCAACACGAGAAGCCAGUAGGUGAAAAGGAUGCCCACACUCCUAAGAACUGCAAGACUAUGACACCUGAACGCAACGGAAAGGAUGAACCAUCUUCUGUAGUUCCCCAGGAACAACCACGCUCUGCAUUAAACACCGCUCCAGGGAGUCAUGUCUCCUCCUCUGUGCCAGCUAACGCCUCCCUGAAGCCUCAAGACAAGAGCGAGGAAGAGAGAUGGUCUUCCGCCAAGUCUCCCAUUAGGCCCUCGACUUUCCAUGGACAGGUGAAAUUGGCCUCAUCUGUAUCUGUCGUCAACACACGAGACAGCCAUCGCCUGUCUUUCCCCAGCCUGAAAACUGCCACCACCUUCACUUGGUGUUACCUGAUGAAGAGGAGGCCUCUGCAUGUCCCCCAGACGGACCAGAAGGUCUCGGCCUACUCCACCUGGGCGGUGAGCCCCAACAACCCCAACCCACUGGGCCUGUCCACCAAACUGGUGAUGUCUCUCUUUGACUCCAAGCAGAACUCCAAGAAAAUACACUACACAGAGGCCAUAACGACAAGUAUGAAAUCCGACAUCUUGGCCUAUUCAAGCAAGCUAAAAGACGUCAUGCCUAAGGUCCUAAAGCCUCAGAAAACUGAGAAUAACAGCAAAGUGCAACCUGAGAGUCAGGUGAGCAGCGAGUCAGACAAGGAUUCUUCCUCAUCCAAAAUAGAGCCACGGAGGGUCAAAAUAUUUGAUGGAGGAUUCAAAUCUAACGAGGACUAUGUGUAUGUGCGUGGGCGUGGUCGUGGUAAAUACAUCUGUGAGGAGUGUGGGAUCCGCUGCAAGAAGCCCAGCAUGCUGCGUAAACACAUCCGCACCCACUCUGACGUACGGCCCUAUCACUGCACCCACUGCAACUUCUCCUUCAAGACGAAAGGGAAUCUGACCAAGCAUAUGAAGUCCAAGGCCCACAGUAAGAAGUGCAUGGAGAUGGGUGUGUCUGCAGGCCUCGAGGACCAUGAUACAGAGGACUCAGGAGACCGUAGCCAGGUGGGCAGUACAGAUCGCCCAGAUUCAGACGGAGAGGACUCGGAGGGCGCUGACGAUGACAACGAUGAUGACAACGAAGAAGAGGAAGAGGACAGCCAGGCUGAGUCUGGCCUGUCCACCAACCCCUCGGUCUCGGCCAGCCCCCAGCACAUACCCUCCUCCCUCCAGGCUGAGCUCCCUCCCAGCUCCCUCCUGGCUCAGAUGUCCAUCCACCACCACCACCCAGCUCCCCUGUCCCUCCCCCAGCUCCCCGACUCCCACACCCACCACACCCACGACGCCUCGGACACAGAGUCCGUGCCCAUGCUGAGCCCUGUCUCCCUGGUCAAGCAGAUGUCAAUCUCCGGAGGGUGCUCAAGCCCUGGCCCCCCACCCUACUCCCCACCCCCCCACACCUCCGACACUGAGUCGGUGCACAUGAUGAGCCCUGUCUCGCCGUGCAGGCAGAUGUCCAUCGACUACCCCGACGUUGACGUGCCCCCUAGUCCUCCCGUACCAGGCAAGGGCUGCUUCAAGCUCGGCCAGGAUGGCUCUUUGGCUCCUCCCACCCUACCAACGAGUGAGCCAGGUGUCCCUAUCGGGACAGACGUCAGCACUCAGACCGCCUCUUUCAUCCCCCAGACCUCCUCCUACAGCCCCUUGCACUUUCCCUCCCAGGGCCCGACCCAAGGAUCAGGGGCCACACAGGGGGGACACACCCACCUCUUCAGCCACCUGCCUCUGCACUCCCAGCAGCAAUCUUGCUCCUCCUACAGCAUGGUCCCCGUGGGGGGCAUCCAGCUGGUGCCAGCUGGCCUGCCAGCCUACUCCACCUUCGUGCCCAUCCAGGCCGGCACUGUCCAGCUCACCAUCCCCGCAGUGAGUGUCAUCCACCGGAAUACCAGUCCACUCCCGUUCCCCAAAUUCUCUAACUCCCCCCAGCCUGAGGGCUCUGCCUUGAACCCCACCAACCAGCCCCUGGUGGUUCAGGAGCCCAUCAGCAGUAUCAUGCCCUGCUUCCCCCUGGGGCAGGUCACCGGACUGCAGGCCCUUGGGGCCUCCCAGCAGACACUGCAGUCCAUGGGUCUGGAGACCCUCAACGUCAUGGGACUGACCAGCUCAGGAUGCCUGACCUCCACUCAGCUGCUGUCCCAGCACGGCCUGACGCUCAACGCCACCCUGGGCCUGCAGGUCCUGACUGCCAGCCCCAGCUCCCAGAGCAGCACGGGCCCCCACCAUCACCACACCCACCACACACCCAUCCCCGGCCUACAGAUCCUCAACAUUGCCCUGCCCGCCCUCAUCCCCUCGCUCAGUCCUCUCUCCGCCCUCAGUCCCCUCCCUGGACCCUCUGAGAGGCAGGGCAGCCCUGAGGCCCAAGGGGCCACCCGACUCUCCUCUCAGACUGAACUAGGACCCUUGGUCAGCUGUCCGUCUGCUGCAUCAUCCCUUCCCACUGCCACCCUGAGAGGAAGUCCCGCCCAGGAAAUGACAUCAUCGGGCAGCAGACCCAGCAGCUCUGGGCACAGGAGCUCCGGAGGCUCUGAUCACACGCAGACUCCAAGGAAGGAAGGGAGGGUUACAACAUCUCUACCACAGCCCUCCCCGGCUCCAGCUGCUGGGGGGGGUGUUGAGCGGGCAGGGGGAGCCAGUGAGUCUGUCACACCUCGGAGGCAGUCGAUGCUGUCACGGCAGCAGGUGACGGAAGACUGUAUCAAUGACUCAGCAUCAAGCGAUGACGAGGACAGACUAGUCAUCGCCACCUGAAACCCCCAGUCAAAUAGCCUGGUCAAAUCAAACCGAAUGCUGAGCUUACAAUGGUGAUCGCAGCAUUCAAUCUAGGUUACCAGGCUACCUAUCGAAAAGCUCUUUGUUCUCGUUUUGUAAUGCUUGUCACUUUCUAAGACUGAAAACACUUCAGGGUGGGUUUGUUUCUCUGCAAAUCGCCUUUCAAAGCACAGUUUCUGACAUUCAUAUUGUAUGUGCAAUCAUAAAUUAUUAUUAUUAUGAUGAUGAUAAUGAUGACCAAUCGUUUUUCUUUUAAAAAAUGUUGUCAGCUCCAGACAUUUUUUUUUUGUACAUGUUGUAUAGACAAUUGUGCCUUUUUGGAGUUACUUGUUUUAGGAACCUGUAAAUAAUACCUUAAAAAUUCAGCAGUUGCUUGUGUUUAUUUCGAUGACAUGGAAGUGAAAAUGGAGGAUAACAAUUUUAUUUUGGAAGGUUUUAUGUCAAUCGUAAAUUUAUGGAGAAAAAAAAUGUGUUGUACUGGUAUAUGUACAUUUCUAUGGAUUUGGGGCAUUGUUUCUGUGUACAGAUGUUGUGUUCAACUAUUUAUUAUAUUCCAUUUAGUGCCCAUGAUGAUUCAUAAAUCCAUAGGUAUAUGUAAUAUGGUAGCUUUACAUUGCGGUAUCAAUAUUAUUAUCAACUGUAUCAGUAAAACUUUGUUUACAAAUGUACAAAUGGUAUUCAUGUUUUUUGUCUCAGAUGCACCUAAGUUUUCACAUUUAAUAAAAUGUCAUACUGUUUAGAAGAUGGACAAGAGUUCUGGACCACAUAUGACAAAAUACUUUUUCUUGAUCUUAUGUUGAUCUUAUGUACAACAUUUUAUCUCACAUGCAGCAAAAGUUCACGGAUUAAAAAUAAAAUGUCUCCAUCCA